AUGUGCAACGGUUCGAAUAGAAAACCUUGUCAAACUGGUUUGAUAAGGGAAAAUGAAUGUGAAAGACAAGAAGAACAUCAUCAUAAGAUUUCAGCUUUGCUUGAGUUUUCAGCCAAAGAUGAUGUAAUGGCGUUCACAGAUGCAGUUGAGAAAGAUGAUCAUAAUGUUGAUGAAGUAGGGUUAUGGUAUGGAAGGAAGGUUGGAUCAAAGGAAAUGGGAUAUGAAGAGAGGACACCUCUUAUGGUAGCUGCUUUAUAUGGAAGCAAGGGUGUGUUGUCUUAUAUUCUCGGAACCGGUCGUGUUGAUGUUAACCGAGUGUGUGGCUCAGAUAGGGCUACCGCUCUUCGUUGUGCUGUUUCUGGUUGUUCUGCUGCUUCUGCCGAGGUUGUCAAACUUCUGCUUGAUGCAUCUGCAGAUGUUAGUUCCGCUGAUGCAUAUCGUAACCGGUGCAGCAACUUGGUUGUCUCGGUUUCUAAUAGUCUCUACGGUUCAAGGAAGAGGAUACUACAAGGGAUACUAGAAGGGGUAGAUGAUGUUGAUGACGAGGACGACAAUUUCCUUAAGGAAAUAGGUUUCCAAAUGGUGGAGAAGCAACAAGACGUAGGUACACCUCACACCGAGAAGAAAGAUUAUCCCAUUGAUCCAUCCCUACCUGACAUAAAGAAUGGAAUAUAUAGUACAGAUGAAUUUAGGAUGUUUACAUUCAAAGUGAAGCCUUGUUCAAGGGCUUAUUCUCAUGAUUGGACUGAGUGCCCCUUUGUUCAUCCUGGGGAGAAUGCAAGGCGCCGCGAUCUGAGGAAAUGUCAUUACACAUGUGUCCCUUGCCCCGAGUUUCGGAAGGGAUCAUGCAACAAAGGGGAUGCUUCUGAAUAUGCACAUGGUAUUUUUGAAUGCUGGCUUCAUCCUGCUCAAUACAGAACAAGGCUUUGCAAGGAUGAAACUAGAUGCACGAGAAGGGUUUGCUUUUUCGCUCACAAGCCAGAGGAGCUUCGACCGUUGUAUGCUUCUACCGGUUCUGCUCUACCUUCACCUACAUCAUAUUCAAAUUCACCUAGUGCUUCUUCAAUGGAUUCUUUCACAUUGAGCUCUCUGUCUUCUUUGAUACAAUCUGCGUCGACGCCACCUUUGACUCCAUCUGCAGCAUCAUCGCCUACGGCUGGAACCAUGUGGCAGACUCAGAUUCAGCUUCAUGCUGCAGUCCCUACCCUUCAGAUGCCGAGAAGCAGAUUUAAAACUGCAAUGAAUGUCAGAAAUAAUGCUGAAUUUCUCAAACUUGAAAAUCGCCUUACAGGUCUUCCAUCUCCUUCAAAUAGGCUUGCAGGAGUGAAUCCUACUAACCUUGAAAACAUUUUUGGGUCAUCAAUACAAUCUCCGACAUCAAUACAGGUGCAUCAGAGCACAAACCAGCAACUUUGGGGCAAUCCUUUUGAUCUUACCAAUUCAAACGUGAUUGGAUCAUCACAAUUUAGAGUUGAUGCCUUUUCGAAGCGUAGCCAAAGCUUUAUUGAGUGCAGCAGCAUGGCGAGAUUUAAUUCCGAGCUUCCUUCUGCUAGCUCAGUUGCCAUGGAACCUUCUGCCUUCUCUGGUUGGGGCUCUCCUGAUGGAAAAUUAGACUGGUCCAUCCGCGGCAAUGAACUCAAUAACAUGAGGAAAUCUAUUUCUUUCGGCUUUCAAAACAGAAGUAGCACUUCAACAAUGGCUGCUGCAUUAAGUUCAGUUGCCAUGGAACCUUCUGCCUUCUCUGGUUCGGGCUCUCCUGAUGGAAAAUUAGACUGGUCCAUCCGCGGCGAUGAACUCAAUAAAAUGAGGAAAUCUUAUUCUUUCGGAUUUCGCAACAGAAGUAGCACUUCAACAAUGGCUGCUGCAUCAAGUGUCGAUGAUCCAGAUGUGUUUUUAAGCCAUGAAUCUUGGGUUAAUUCACUUGUGGAGGAUGGUCCAACAAUGGAAUUUGAUCAACAUUGA